GUCAUCUUUGUUUUGUGAUAGAUAAUCGGCAAUUUCCUUUCUCGACUUUAAUGCCAUUUCAGCUGGACAAAAAAGUUCAACAAAUUUUUUCAUGAUUUUGACAGUUAACAUUUAUAAAAAGUACGAAGAUAAGAACUACGUAUCAAGAGACAAAAAACUUACUCUUUUUCUUUUCCAAUAGUUUUAGGCGGUUUAUGGAGAGUUUGAGAUUCACUCGGAGCUUUUGAGGACGAAAUCCUGAAAAAAACAUUCUCAAAAGAUGAAAUACCGCGAAUUUUAGACUGUCAGGAAAUAUGGCGAUCUGCUGCAAAAGAAGAUUUUGCAGUUACGUAUUACAAUACUCAAAUUGUUAGUAAACACUAUCAUUUCAAUACAUUGUUUCUCAAAAUAUUUGGUUUUAAAGAGUUUCUUUAGUAAAGUCUUAAGCCUUAAAGUGUGUAUGAGGAAUGGACGAGGCUUCAGAGAAGGAAUUUGAUGCAGAGGCAGAUGAAGAUAAUAUGGAAGAAGACGUUGACGAAGAUGAUGAUGAUGGGGAAGAGGGGGAAGGAGCACUCGAAAUCCACCCAUCUGACACUGUUGUAAAAGACAGUGGAAAGAAAAAGGGCAAAAGAGGUUUAAAGAAAGCUGGAAAAACAAGUCUUAGUGGUCGUGGAGUAACACUCAAAAUGUUGUUAGAUGAUAAUGUUUUGGCAGUUGAGAAAGGAUGCAUGUCAAUUGAUUACUUGGGUCAAAAGUUUGUUGCCGACUUGCUACCAAAUGGUAAAAUCAAAUGGGAAGGUAGCGAGAAACUCUUCAAUUCUCCUUCAGCAUGGGCAAUACAUUGUAAGAAACUUGUUAAUCCAACCAAGAAAUCUGGAUGUGGAUGGGCAUCGGUGAAAUAUAAAGGAAAGAAACUUGAUCAGUACAAAACUACCUGGUUCAGAAAGCGAAGACCAUUGUUUCAGUCUGAAAAAACAACAGCACAAGCAGUCUCAAGCACUUCAUCAGUGAUCAGGACAUCAGCUAUUUCUUCCACCAUCAAAUUUGCAGGCACAAAAACUGAAACAUCCAAUGAUAUCCUCCCAUCUAACCCCGAUUACUCAAAACCGUCCCUGAUUAACUCCGAAAGCUCCAAUAGUCAUAAAACAUCUACCCAUACAAAAACAAUUAGUCCAACAAGUGUGACAUCAAAGAAAGAAUUAUCGCAGAAAAUAAAACAUAAAGCUCAGAGACAGCAAAAGGAACGAUCUCAUGAGACGAAGAAAAAGUCGAGUACAAAUGCAACACAAUCUAGCAAAACUUCAUUUGAGAGCGUUGCUCGAACACACUCAGACCUCUCUGACCUGACGUCAUUUACCGCUCCCCGAAAAACGAAACUCGUUCCAUGGUCUCGAACUACUCUCGACGUUUCUGAAGUGCGACCCGAUAGUGAUCCACAGACGUUAGUACAAUGUGUAAACUUCAGUCAGAUAAAGAAAACUCAGCCGUUUAAAUUAUCAAUAAACACCAACACUCUUAUGUUGAUGGAUCUACAUUGUCAUUUGACCACGGGAGAGGUCGUUGGAUAUUUAGGAGGACGAUGGAAUCGCGAGGGACAUUACAUACAAAUAAUGCAAGCGUUUCCCGUCAAAUGUCGUUUUGCUAAUCAGAAAAACGCCGAUUCUGUUCAGGAUGAGAUUAGAGAGGCAAUGAAAACACGUGGUUUAACGUUAGUUGGUUGGUACCAUAGUCAUCCAACUUAUCAACCUGAUCCAUCAGUUCGUGACAUAGCCUCACAACAGCGAUAUCAAGCCUGUAUGAAGCGUGACAACAUUUCAUAUGAACCUUGUGUAGGAUUUAUCGUGUCUCCAUAUGAUUCCCAUCUUUCGUCUCGCGAGUCUUUGGUCAAAGCUUUCUGGGUUCAUACGACAAACAGUCAGGGUCCGCCGACAUUUUCUUUACCUAUGGAAAUCGACUACGAAAUUGAAGCAAGUCCGCUACUUACUGAAGACUUACUCACAGAGAUGAGGUUUAUCAGUUCCUACUACAAAGGAAGCCCAGAUGCAGUAAACUUCGCUGAAUGUUGGAUGGCUGGUGUGUCUUUUUUGGACAAAGUGAAGGCCUCGCUCAUGAAGAAAUUCCCAAAAGAUCAAUCUGGUCGUUUAACAAACUUCAUACAGAUGUUACUUUCAUAAUACUACAUCACUUGUGUUGCUUAUAAAGUAAUUGAGCCAAUGUCAAUCAAACAUCACUCAACAAUAAGAUAGAAUAGAAUAAGAUUUAAUUUGAGAAACCAAAAGUGUUCAUAUCGUAUUAAGAUGUAAAUGCAUCACAAUUUAUAAGUGAUUGAGCGCACUAUGUUAACAUUAAAUCUUCUUUUAUAUUAGUUAUAUUAAAAA